UUGAACUCAACCGUCUGCUACUCCGCCGCCCCGAAAUUUCAUCCAUCGUAGUCGCCGAUGACGACGCCCGUCGCAGAUCUCGGCCAGGACGGGUCCGGUGCCGCCGUCGCCGUCGAGGACUCCGGCCCAGCGGAGAACCCCGCCUCCGUCGUAGAUCCCGGCCACGGCCAGGACGCGGCCGACGAGCUCUCCGGCCUAGCGGAGAACGACCCUUGCUUGAUGUCGCAGCUUCGUCGACGGUGGCUCCUCGCUCUCGUCCGGGGCCAACGCGGCGGAGCCUUCAGCGCGCUGCGCAUCAGCCCUUGGCAUUAUCUUAGCCGACGAGUGGAUGAGCCAUGUCGCCUACGCCAAGCAAACCGCCGCUGA